ACUUAACAUGUGUUAUUUAAAAAAAAAAAAUAUAACCAUUUGAUAUAUUAGGUUUAAUAGCUGAUUGUGGCUAAUCUGAUAACCAUAUGUUUCAACACUUGUUGAUGUGUUUUCUAAUGCACUUCUAUAUGAUAUUUUAUUUUUGAUAUCCAUAAAUCCGCGCCUGCUUUUAUAGACUUAGAUUUUUUUUUUUUUAUGACAGAAACAGUGAAAUUUUUUAGAUUAAAAAAAUUAGUCUCUUCUAUUCUGGUUUAUGGUUUCUCUUGGCAUCGCAUAGUAUAUACACAAAUAAGAAAGUAAUUACAAAAACAUUUAAUAAUUUAUUUUGUAUAGAAAUCUUCAAAUCUACUAUAAAGUAUAAAAAUUAUAUUCCAUCCGUUUCAUAAAAAUGUUACUUUGACAUUUUCACACAAAUAAAAAAAAUGAUUAAAACACAUUUAAGUUUUUAUUAAUUACACUUAUUCAAUCAAUAAUAUUUGAGAAAACUGAAAUUAUUUAUAAAAUCAAUGCAUUUGUAAUUAAUAUUAAAUUAAAAAUUGAAUUGAAAUUCUAAAUUGAUACGUUUUUGUAAUAAAAAAAAUGUUAAAGUGAUAUUUAAUAUGAAACAUAGUGAACAGAUUAUAAGAACAGAUAUUUAAGAGUCCGUUCUUAGUUUUUUUAGUUAAAAAUUAAGAAACGGUUUCUUAUAUUUCACUAAGAACUUCACCAUAAAAAAACUUCAUUAAUCAUGUUGCUAACUUCAAAAUAAAUGUUUCGAUUAAAUAAAAAAAUCAAACUUUGGAACUUUCUUCCAAGUUAGAUUUCAAGGAAUAUAAGUGUCACUAUCUAUAUGAUAAAUAUAUAUUUUUAGAAUAAAGAAAGAUGCAUUUUUUUCUGCUAGGGUAGGCGUUCAUGAAUAUACCUCUAUCACUUUCACUCUCUCUUUUUGCCGGCCUCCAUCACUUUCAAAAUUAAAAGCAAUACAAAAAAAUUAACGUAUGUAAUUUCAUUUGAACCUCACACUGGCACAUUCCUUCACCCUUGACCAGCCGCCCGCCUGUUUCAGUCCGUCCUUGACAAUAUAGGAUUUAAUUUUUCCUCUACUUAAACUUACACAUGACUCAUAGUUUCUAAAGACGAUCGUAUUUCAGUUAAAGAAACCCCUACAUAUUAUAUUACUAGAUGAUUUCAAUAUUCUUAACCAUUUGCAUGUAAUCUUUAUACGAUUACAUCACAUGAAUUUUCUUAUAACAAAGCCACAUCACAUAAUAAAAAGCCACAUCACAUGUUUCUGUCAAUAUUUCUGUUUUAACACAAUAAAUAAAGAGCAACUACUAUAUUGUGGUUCAAAACAAUUAAUAGCGGCACCAGGAAAUUUCAUCUUACCUUCAAGACAAGAUUUAAAGACCACUUUGAAUCGUUGACUUAGGAAAUUUUGGUCAUUGUGGGUCAGUGAGUGUAAUAAUAUAUCCUUGAUACCUUGCUUAGCUAUGAGCCAUAACUUUUGUAAGGAAACACAACGAAUAAUAAGAAAACAUAUAUAAUCUUUUGUCGACCAUAAGAAACACGUUUCCUAUCAGAACUGAACUAUGUUUGAUUUUUAAGUUUUUAAUUUUUUUUGAAACAUAUUGAUGUAUUUAAUUGUGGUACAAUAGGAUCUCUAUAUUUUGAAACAUAUUGAUGUAUUUUUUACAUUUGCAUAAAUAGAUUAGACCGGAUAGCCAAUAUUUUUGCUUUUAAAAGUUUUAAAACCAAAGUUAGGCCAGACAUUCAAACUUAAGCUUUAUCACAAUAUCUCUAAAAAGUAUAGUUACAUUUUCAGAAUCCAGUAAGUCAAACAUGCAACUUGCAUCCUCACUCAUCCAAAUAUCCACGUUACCGAAACACUAACUAUGACGUUCGUGGACCUUAUGCUCGUACGUGGACCUCAAGCUCUAUAUCCAAAACUCAUUACUUAAAGUGAAGCUCACUUUUCACCACCAUGUAUAGUCUCUCCAUACGUCAUUCUGAUGACGUCAUCUUCCUCUUCUUUCACACUUGGUGUUGAAGCACCUUCCUAGUAACCACGCUGAAAUUGCUUGUAAAUGUUUAUUAAUCUUAUCUCUUAAUUAUAUUUCCUUACAACAUAAAAAUAAAAACUUUCGUAAUAUAUUUAUAAGUUUAUCAGUGAAAGACACAUUAUUUCUCUGUCUUCCCUUCAUCACUUGCUUUAGCUCUACUAGUUCUUCGUUGACAAAAAAAAAUCUACUAGUUCUUAGUUGCUUUAAGAUCUCUCUCUCUCUCUCUCUCUCUCUCUCUCUCUCUCUCUCUCUCUCUCUCUCUCUCUCUCUCUCUCUCUCUCUCUCUCUCUCUCUCAUUUGUUUCUGUAAACAAGAAAAUGAAUUUCCCUCAAAACCCUAACCCUAAUUUCACGUUCUUAUCCGAUGAAAAUUUUAUUAGUCCCUUUAUGGAUAAUUUCGAUUUUACCAAUUUGAUGUUUGAAGUUGAUGAAGGAGGCAACAAUGGAUUAGUUCAGGAGGAAAAUUCACCUCCAACAAGCAUCGUUUCGUCGGAGACACUUACUUGUGAUAGCAGCGGAUCUGGCAGCGCAGUAAUGACGCUGAGUAAAAAGGACUCAACUUUUGACUGCAUAAACAGGGGAAUUAAAGAUGCUGAGACGAAGGAGCCGCCGAGUCAUCGAGUUGCAUUUAGAACGAGAUCAAAGAUGGAUGUGAUGGAUGAUGGUUAUAAAUGGAGGAAGUAUGGGAAGAAAUCUGUCAAAAACAACAUUAACAAGAGGAAUUACUACAAAUGCUCAAGUGAAGGUUGCAUGGUGAAGAAGAGGAUAGAGAGAGAUGGUAAAGAUGCAGCCUAUGUGAUUACAACCUACGAAGGAGUCCAUAACCAUGAGAUUCCCUCACAUGUCUAUUACAGUGACAUGGUCUCGUCUUAUGAUCAUAACAAUUGGAACCAGCACUCUCUUCUUCAAUCUAUCCAACAUAUAUCUCCUCCAUCUUGAUAUUAUCAGAAACCUAGCAUCAUUGUAAAAUCUCAAUAUAUCGCCUUGUAUAAUUCUAUAGGUAUAAUAUUAACGAAGUUAAUUAUUUCGCAAUUA